AUGGCAUUCUCAAUGCAUAGCCAUUCUGGGCAAUUUUGUCCUGGCCACGCAAAAGAUACACUAGAACAAGUGAUUCAAACGGCCAUUUCCCGGGGCAUGCAAACCUUUGCAUUAACAGAGCACAUACCCCGAAACUCAAAUUCUGAUUUGUAUCCUGAAGAAGUCGAAGCCGGUGAUGAUAUAUCUCUAUUCGUGCCCAGACACGAAGCCUAUCUCGUUGAAGCAACUCGUCUCCGCGAAAAAUAUAAGAAUGAGCUCAAUAUUCUUAUAGGCUUUGAAGGAGAAUGGAUUCGAUCGGAUUAUGGACCUCUGAUCCAAGACCUUGCUUCGAAUCCUCUCAUUGAUUUCUUCAUUGGUUCGAUACAUCACGUGAAUGAAAUCCCUAUUGAUUAUGACGCUGCAUUCUAUACCAAAGCGAUUGAGAAAUCAGGAGGCUCGGAGGAGAAAUUAUAUGAGGACUAUUUUGAGCAGCAGUAUGAAAUGUUGCAGACCUUGAAACCGAAGGUGGUGGGCCACUUCGAUUUGAUUCGACUAUUGAGUGAGAAGCCAGAUAGAGAUUUGACUGAGUGGAAGGGAGUUUGGGAUAUGAUCUUGAGAAAUUUGUUGGAGGUGGUGAAGUAUGGAGGGUUGUUGGAAAUUAAUACUAGUGCGCUGAGAAAAGGAUUGAAAGAGCCAUAUCCGGGAAGACAGAUCUGUGAGGCAUAUAUACGAUUUGGUGGCAAGUUCACGAUGUCUGAUGACAGUCAUGGUAUUGGACAUGUAGGAACAAAUUUUGUUAAAGCGAUGGAGUAUAUAGAAUCUCUCGGGGUUGAAGAGCUUUAUACGUUCGAGCGAACGACUCUAGUUGGAUCAAAUGGAAUCAAUCGAACUUUGAGUUUGAAGAGCGUACCUUUAUCAAGUGUGAAGGAAACUUUCAUCCCUGGUUGA